CAGUUUAAUUUAUGUAAUCAUCCAAACGAAUCACUUGUUUCGCUGUUUUAUCAAUCUUGGAAUUAAUAAAAAAAAAUAAAAGGGAAUAAAGGGCAAAGGGUGAGUGUUAUGGCGGCCCUUCGGCGGCAGCACGCAGGACGCGACUUCCUGAUGGAGAACAAGAACAACGUGUCCCGCAUGGAGACCAAUAACAGGUGCUUGGCGGCUGCCAACGCCCGCCGAGUGCCCCUCUGGCGACCGGUCGUGCUCCACUACACGGAGAAGCUGCGGCCCCACAGCCAGACCAUCCAGCGGCGCACCCGCCAGUACCAGGCCGCCCCCCACGAGACGCAGGACCUGAGAAGCGGCCUGACCCAUCCGUACGGCUUCAAGGACAACCAUCGUCGCCGGGUGCCGCCGCCCUGCGGCUGCGAGCUGCACAAGCGCGACCAGCAGGAGCAGGAGCGGGCACGGCUCCAGGGCGGCUGGAUAGACCCUAGGCGGGAGCAGAAGCAGCAUCUUCAGCACCAGAUGCGGCACAAGUGCUGCCACGAGUGCCACUGCAAGCAGGAGGCGGACCGUCUGGCCGCAGGGGCGGAGGCAGAGGCCAAGCAGGAGAGUGCGCCCGCCGUAGCCCCUCCGCAGGCCGAGGACACCAUGUCCGUGUGCUCUCGCGUCUCCAGGAUGAGUACCAAGAGCAAGAAGUCAUCGGUGGGGGAGAAACAGGAGACCCCUCUCAGUGCCCGGAGCAGCGACUCGGCCAAGACCCUGAAAUCGGUGAUGCGAUCCCCGUCCCAGGAGAGUAUUCGCUCCAACGCCACUGUCAGGUCCAACAUGUCGCUGGCCUCCAGGCGCAGCACCGCCUCGAAGAAGUCGGUGGUGAGUCAAGCGAGUCGCAAGUCCCAGCUGAUGGAGGUCAUGCCGCCACCCCAGUUGGUCGCCAGGGAGCAGAAGGAGGAUAAGAAGGAGGAGCGGGAGCCAGAGCGGGAGAAGGAGAAAGAUGGAUCAUCCAAGCAGGAGCCCACUCAAUACGAGGGCUACACCCCGUUGACGCCCAAGGAGCGCCAGGCGGCGCUGCAGGACGCCCAGUUUAAGUACGGCAAGCUGAUCGAGGAGUACAACCAUCUGCCAGUUUCGGAGCCCACCCUGCGCGUGCGCACCCGGAAGAUUGCCAUUGAACGGCAGUUGGAUGAGUUGGACUACGCCAUCAACAUGUUCGAUCAGCCCCACUUGGAGAUGUACUACAAGCGAUGAUCGGUGAUCGAUAGUUAAUCGAUAGUCCUCACGUUAAUCGUUAUUCAAAAUGGUGUUUAAAUUCCAAAUUUAUUUGUUUUCUCUCUCACACUCACAC